GUGUCCGUGGUUCCGUUGGGUUCCGACUCCAGUGAUCAGUAACCGUCAAGCGGGAGACCGUAACUGAUGUUCUUGCACAACGCACAGCUUUCUCUUGUUUACCUGUAGAGUACCACUGGGACAAGUCCCUACCGGGAACCUGCAUGGGAAUCAGCAAAGUAGGGAUCCUAUUCCCGAAUAUCCUCUUCGACAUCAUAGCGAUGGUCCUCCCCAUCAACGAGAUAUGGAGGCUUCAGAUGCGACGGACCAAGAAGGCGGCACUAACAGGCAUCUUCUUGAUCGGCGGCAGCGUUAUCCUCAUUUCCAUCUCCCGACCGCUUCUCUUCUGGAUCUUUCGCCCCGUGCCCGGUGUAGCGCACAACGUCAGCCAGACAACCAUCUUCCCCUAUACGGCAUCGGCCGCCGAAGUCUGCCUUGACAUCAUAGGCGCUUGUCUACCGCCCUGUGCAUCUCUUUUCAGGCGCUUCUUUGGCGGCGUCGUGAGCGUUGUCAAAUCGGGACAUCAUUACUCCACCUCACGGGGCAAAUCCAGCGGCAAAGAUUCGUCUACAAAGAGGUCCAGCAAGGUACACGCGCUCACCAUCGGUCAAGCGAGUAACCGCAAGCGGGCCGCCGCCGCCAAUGACACGAUCGAUCUCGAGGGGUCGUUUGAACGGCUCGGAGACGGGGUUAGCUGGCAAGGGUCGACGGACGAAUUGUAUGGGAUGGAUGAUAUCCAGAACAGCAAAGCGAACGUGGGUGAUGGCAAGGAACGUGAUGGGAUAUGCGUCAGGCACGAUAUCCAAGUUCAUCAUGGGGGCCCAGUUACGGAGGAAGACAUCAGAAAGUGGCACCGAGGAGAUGUCUUCGACGGGAGAUCUAGCAGACUUUCGGGAGAAGCUAGGGGUUUGUGAGUCUUUCAAGUCGCGUUUUUAUUAACUGCUGUAAGAUUUUGUACAUGUUGAAUCUAUAGUACAUGCUUCUCCCAAAUUCUAUGCUGUAUGUGUGC